UUAUCUGCUAUCGUGUAUAUCCUGUCUUCGAAUGAAUUAUAAACAUAGUCGUAAAUUCCUCGACUCUGACAAAUGGUGGACAAUACAAGAUAUAAUGGGCGUAUAGUUGCUAUUUGCGUAAAUGGAAUGAAAUGUUUGUAUAUAUUUAAGUACUCAUUGUAAGCAGCUAUAUUCUCGAUCUACACAAUGACCAGAACAAUUUGUGGGAGAGCCGCAAUUGCUACGUUCGUGCUUUUGUUGAAACUCGAUUUCACGAAGUUAAGCAGCUCGAUUGAACUCAGUCCUGCGGAGCUAAGUGGAGGCUACUUCAGUGAGGGUUGAAGACAAUUAGAGGAGACGAGCUGGAAGGCGGCGGUCUUUGGAAUAGUGGAAUAUAGUAUAGGUAUAUGUUGCAGGCUCAUAGCUGGUUCUACGUUUAUCUCUCGAGAUAUAUAAAUGAUUCCGGACCACUUACUCAGCUUUUUCUUCCUCUUCCUCAACUUGAAUUUCAACUUUCAUUUCAAAUGCUGAAUGAUAUAACGCGAUAUCGUUUAAAUUGCCUGAACGACGAGCCAGCAUCAAUAUAUACAUCAUUAUUGAUCCUCGGAUAAUGGUCUGGCGCGUUAACGAAAAGACCUGAGGAUUCCGGAUCUCGUGUGCGGUGCAGCGUCGGGUCGAAACACAUUGCACGGGAUAUGACUAAUAAAUUUCUCCACGUCAUUCCGGACGUCGUCAAUUUUCUUACUAGCGAAUUUUACACCGACGAAAGGUGGGGAUGCGGCUGUUGCGUUGAGCGUAAAACAGAAGGCCCGACAGCCAAUCCCGGUAUCGCCUUGUUUACGGGUAACCCGUGGCAACAUUCAAUACGAAUCCCCGAAGAAGGUCCCCCAGGUCAGCGCGUCCUCGGCAGUGCUAGUACCUCGGGGGAAUUCCACGGAGUACCGUUGAAGGAGCGGUGAAAAAUCACUUGGUCGUUUGGCCAGGCAUGCGAGCGUCGUGACGAGGCAUCUGACGCAAACUCGGACUUCCAAAGUGAUACCAAAUGGUGGGGAACCGCGAAUAACGGUUGCAAUUAGAGGAAAAUUGACCCGGUGACCUCGCAGUGUCUGCUGGCACCAGGUACUGGUUAUAGAUUCCAGGAAGCUCUAGCGACGCCGUAGCGCAGUCAUUGCCUGACAACUCCUGCAAGCAUGCACGAGGUACGCAAGCUCAGAAUCGGUUAAAUCCGGUGAAUAUACCAGAAUGAUUCCCGGUCCCCGGAAUUUCCGGCGGGCCGAACCUCGCGCAUCCUGAUCAGGUGGAGGUGAGCGAAGACCGAGUACUUUUGACAAGGAUGUUUGAAUGGGCGGCGUGUGCUCGUGUCGCGGACGGGCAAGCCAGGUCAACGCUGGUUCGAUCCUGGACCGAGUGAUCAGCCAGGCCAGCAACCAGGACCAGUGCCUGCUCUACCGGCUGGCGAACUACAAGAAGGGGGGCGAGCUUAUCGAGGCCUACAACAGCGGGGGUCAGCUGGAGGUCGAAAGGGUCAUCCGGGAACAGUUCAGCGUCCUGAUGUACGCCGAGGGGAAGGGCCAGGUGAUAAACAGGGCGGAGUACCUCAGGUGGAAGUUCCGGGACCUGGAGGAGGUCAUCCUGCCGAUCGAGGCAUCGCUCUCCAAGUUCGACCCCCUCGCCCAGUGGAAGGACCACGACGCCUGCUGGCAGAUGCAGUACCGCGGCUCUCUCGGGGAGACCCUCCUCCACGUCCUCAUCAUUUGCGACACCCGGAUUCACACCCGCGUCGCCCGCAUUUUGCUCAAGUGUUUCCCCAAGCUGGCCAUCGACGUCGUCGAGGGCGAGGAGUACCUCGGGGCCAGCGCUCUCCACCUAGCCAUAGCCUACAACAACAACGAGCUCGUACAGGACCUCGUCGAGGCCGGCGCCGCCGUCUCGCAACGAGCCACGGGCAGCUUCUUCCUUCCGAAGGAUCAGCAGAGGUUGAGACCGGCUCGGACAACCGACUACGAAGGACUCGCUUAUCUCGGCGAGUAUCCCUUGGCAUGGGCGGCCUGCUGCGCGAACGAGGGUGUCUACAAUCUGCUCCUCGACUCCGGAGCUCAUCCCGAUGAGCAGGACUCCUUCGGCAAUAUGAUUUUACACAUGGUCGUCGUUUGCGACGAACUGGACAUGUUCGGCUACGCGUUGAGGCACCCGAAACUGCCCGCUCGUAACGGAAUCGCCAAUUCUGCUGGGCUAACGCCUCUCACCCUGGCCUGCCAGCUGGGGCGUGCCGAAGUCUUUCGGGAAAUGCUGGAGCUCUCGGCCCGAGAAUUCUGGCGCUAUAGCAACAUCACGUGCUCCGCCUAUCCGCUCAAUGCUCUGGACACCCUCUUACCCGACGGCAGGACAAACUGGAACUCGGCACUAUUCAUAAUCCUGAACGGUACCAAAGAGGAACACUUGGACAUGCUCGAUGGCGGUAUAAUUCAACGUCUGCUUGAAGAAAAGUGGAAAACUUUUGCCCGCCUUCAAUUUCUAAAGCGACUGGUUAUCCUAAUUUUCCAUUUGGUGUCGUUGUCAUUGGCGGUCUACUUGCGUCCCGAAUACGCGGAAUCGGACCUCCUGGCCUGGCCGGAAGACCCAACAGACGUGGCAAGAACCAUAGCGGAAGCCAUCACAGUUCUCGGAGUCCUCAGCUACAUUCUCGUGCAGUUGGGCGGCGAGGUUAUCAACAUCGGACUUCUGUCCUUCCUCAGGCAACUGAGCCACGAGCCCGCAAAACUCAUAUUCCUGGUGAGCAAUCUGUUGAUCCUCACCUGCAUCCCGUGCCGACUUGCCGAAAACCGUUGGGCCGAAGAUGCGAUUUUGAUUGUAGCUGUUCCUGGCUCAUGGUUUCUCCUCAUGUUUUUCGCAGGGGCUGUACGACUAACCGGUCCUUUCGUAACGAUGGUGUACAGCAUGAUAACCGGCGACAUGUUGACGUUCGGAAUGAUAUACACCGUUGUGCUUCUUGGAUUUUCCCAGUCUUUCUUCUUUCUUUACAAGGGGUUCCCUAGGGACAGACAUUCCCUCUACGACUCCUACGCUUCCACUUGGAUGGCACUGUUUCAGAUUACCCUUGGAGACUACAGCUACACGGAGCUGGGCCUCACGACGUACCCGAAUCUGAGUAAGACGGUAUUCGCCAUUUUCAUGGUUCUAGUACCCAUACUAUUACUCAACAUGUUGAUAGCCAUGAUGGGGAACACUUAUGCUCACGUCAUUGAGCAGAGCGAGAAGGAAUGGAUGAAGCAGUGGGCUAAGAUAGUUGUAUCUUUGGAACGUGCCGUUUCGCAAAAGGAGGCGCAUAAUUAUCUGCAAGAGUACAGCAUCAAGCUCGGCCCGGGCGACGACCCGAACAAUCCUGCCUCUGAGCAACGGGGCGUUAUGGUCAUCAAGAGCAAAUCCAAGACGCGAGCAAAGCAGAGAAAAGGUGCAGUCAUCAACUGGAAGCAUGUUGGAAAAGUGACAAUAAACGAGUUGCGAAAACGCGGUAUAACUGGAGAAGACCUUCGCAUCAUCAUGUGGGGGAGAACUUCAUUCUCAACGCCUGUACGAGUUCCAACAAGUACUGCAUCAACCGAACCGACGGGAGUCACCGCAUUAACUGGCGGAUUCGGCGACGCCUUGUCAGCUGCUCUUGACGUGAUGGCAUUCGCCCACGAUCUGGAUAUAACCACAGCGACCCAAGGCAUCCCAACGACGGCGAAUCCGAUCGGGGGAGCAAAAUUGCCAAAAACGCAGCAAAAGCCGCAGCCGCAGCAACAGCAACAGCAACAGCAGGUGACCGAGAAGGCGCAGGUUGUAAUCGGGAAAUCGCCAGGGAUUUCGGAAUUGAUUGAAAAAAAAGCAAUCAUCGCUGGCAAUUCCGAACGAAAGCCGUUUAUUACAGACACCCUUGUAGAUCUAUUCGGGGUACGAUUGGAGGAUAACGAGACUCAGAAUUUAAAGUCACCGGUGACGGUGAACGAAAAUCCGGACCCGUUGCUCGAUCUCGUUAUCACCGCUGAAAAUCCUACCUGCGAUGACGCAAUCUUACUAAACAUUGCAAAAACUGCUCAACUUAUAUCCGAAGUUGGGGACGUCCAGGCGCUUCAGGCUCAUCAACGUCGAUCAAUUACCAAGCUUCUACCAUCCUCCACUGUCAAUGCCAAAAAACAAUUCCUGAUCGAAUCAAGCGAUAACGACAUUCUUGGAGAUAACAUUCUUCUUGGCACGGAAUCACGACUGCGAAGGAUCCGUUCUGCCAGCAGCAGAAUCGCAGCGAGCAGGAAAUAUUCUCACCACGGAGACGAAGACAGUUCCACGUCCUCACCUUCCGGCGACUUGACCGCGGGCUAUCACCGGCUACUCAAUGAACCGGAAGAAAAAUCUACAGCGAUGCAAAAUGACACCCAGAACAUUUCCACGUCGUCAAAGGCUGUAUCGACGAUUAACGGUGUCAACGGACACGCGGCCAAGGGUAAUAAACGAAGGACUGUCAAAACGGCGAAAAACAGAGUGGCACCGAAGGAAGUGGAGGGACACGGGAAGAGGAGGGAGAAAUCGGCUGGAGCAGAGGCUCCUGCUGCAUCACCGGAGUCUUCGCCAGAUCCAUUGGAACCCUGGAGCACGCGAGGAAUUAUGGAUAUGAACACGAUUCUGGCCUGGAAGGAAAAUUCCCCGGAAAGUCCGUAGCCUAGAAUCGUUUUCCCUCCAAAAUAACCCGGAUUUCACGGUAGGAUUCCUCUCGAAUCGCGGAUUUCAGGGAUCAAAGAUCUCCCGAGAUGAUGAUGACACCCCCGGGAUAUAGAGAAGGUUCGCUUUCGACCAGGGCAUACCAAUUACUAAUUGGCUCGUAAAUUGUGGGCUCAAAUAUUCGUGCGAUUUCUUAGUUGACAAGAUUCCACGCAGCAAGCAUGGAUUACGGUUUUUAACGAAGAGAAAAGUUAGCGAAUUAUCGUUGAUUUGUUUGCCAGACGCGAACGUUCCCACGAACCACUCCGGAAGUCCGUAUCAAAGUCGCAGCAGCACUUCGCGUAGCUUUUACACGUUUAAAAUCGCCAAUUUUAGCUGGCAGGUAGCUAGCUAUGGAGGUACAAGAUUGAUUUUCAAUUUAAAACUAUACUGCUGCUACCGUAGUUAGGUAUAAAUACAUGCAGCGCGGGCAGUCACUAUUCCUGAAUAUCUGCAUACCUAUAUACAAGUUUCGGUGCGGCCAACUAUUAUUGAACUACCUCUCAACUAUCGAUUGAAACACCCGGCAAUUUCUCGGACUCCGUGCUCAUAUGUACACACGUACACCUAUUGCAUACACUAUACAUAUAACGUAAAGCGUCCCCGCACGUUCCGUGUCAAUUGACAAUAUGUGCUCUACAAAUUUCAGAUUCACACCUGCUGCACUAGGAUGUUUUGAACAACAAAUUAUCGAGUAAAAUUUCGUUAAAAGUACAUUUUAAGCCCAGCGCAGAGGUGUUGUUCGUUUUAAAAAGUCACAGUUGCGCUAUCUAAUUGCUGAUCUCCUGUCCCUAGUUCUUACGGGGUCCUUCCAUGGUACCCAGCGGAACUAAGAACUCAUCCAACUUCGCACUUGGCGAUAGAUUUGAUCUUGUCAUAGUUGGGUAGUGUUCAUGUGUCCGUUCAAAUAUCUAUAACGAUUAUUUGUACCUCUAUUUUCAGAAUUUGUCAUAAAGUCAAUUAUAAUGUAAACUGUACACCAGUUUUAUAACAAGUAUAAAAAUGAUCAAACUCCAACUUA